UGCACCUCCCUGCCACCUCUCCCUCCGCAGGCCUCACCAUGGCAGCCCAGAACGGAAACACUAGUUUUGCACCCAACUUUAAUCCACACCAAGACCACACCUCCUCCGUCUCCUUCAACUUCAGUUAUGGUGAUUAUGACCUCCCGCUGGAUGAGGGUGAAGACCUGACCAAGACCCGGACCUUCUUUGCAGCCAAGAUCGUCAUCGGCGUGGCGCUGGCAGGCAUCAUGCUGGUCUGCGGUAUUGGCAACUUUGUCUUUAUUGCCGCCCUCGCCCGCUAUAAGAAGCUGCGCAACCUCACCAAUCUGCUCAUUGCUAACCUGGCCAUCUCCGACUUCCUGGUGGCCAUCGUCUGCUGCCCCUUCGAGAUGGACUACUAUGUGGUGCGCCAGCUCUCCUGGGAGCACGGCCACGUGCUCUGUGCUUCUGUCAACUACCUGCGCACAGUCUCCCUCUACGUCUCCACCAAUGCCCUGCUGGCCAUUGCCAUUGACAGAUAUCUUGCCAUCGUUCACCCCUUGAAACCACGGAUGAACUAUCAAACAGCCUCCUUCCUGAUCGCUUUGGUCUGGAUGGUUUCCAUUCUCAUUGCUAUCCCUUCCGCCUACUUUGCAACAGAAACCGUCCUCUUCAUUGUCAAAAACCAGGAGAAGAUCUUCUGUGGCCAGAUCUGGCCUGUGGACCAGCAGCUCUACUACAAGUCCUACUUCCUCUUCAUCUUUGGUAUCGAAUUCGUGGGCCCUGUGGUCACCAUGACCCUGUGCUACGCCAGGAUCUCCCGGGAGCUCUGGUUCAAGGCCGUCCCUGGGUUCCAGACGGAGCAGAUCCGCAAGCGGCUGCGCUGCCGCAGGAAGACAGUCCUGGUGCUCAUGUGUAUUCUCACAGCCUACGUGCUGUGCUGGGCGCCCUUCUACGGCUUCACCAUCGUGCGCGACUUCUUCCCCACCGUGUUCGUGAAGGAGAAGCACUACCUCACCGCCUUCUACGUCGUCGAGUGCAUCGCCAUGAGCAAUAGCAUGAUCAACACCGUGUGCUUCAUGACCGUCAAGAACAAUACCAUGAAGUACUUUAAGAAGAUGAUGCUGCUCCACUGGCGUUCCUCCCGCCAGGGGAGCAAAUCCAGCGCCGACCUUGACCUCAAAGCCAGCGGGGUACCUGCCACAGAAGAGGUGGACUGUAUCAGGCUGAAGUGACCCACUGGUGUCACACAAUUGAAAACCCCAAUUCAGUACUGAGAGCAUCACCUACCAUCAACCAAGUUCACAGGCUGCAUGGGAAAGGACAUCUGUGUUCAUGACUCCCUGUCCUGAAGGAGCUGGACGCUUCUAAGUCAUAACAUGCAGUGUGAUGACUAAAUGCAAACUGCAGCAGCUGACAUUUACUGAUACCUGCUCAACACCUACUGUGUGCAUGUUGACAACAAAGAGACUAGGUACAAGUAGCAGCAACUGACAUUGACUGAACACCUACUCUGUGCAAACCGCACCAAUGAGAUUAGACAAGGACAACAGGAGCUAACAGUUACUGAUUACCUACUGGGUGCAAAAAC